GAAAGGUUCGUCUGUGCCAUCUCCAUGUCCAAUCGGCCACGUCAGUCCAUCAGCUGGCAGGACGUCCCUAAGUGACUGCUCCCCCUGCCCCUCUGGCUUUUUUUGUAACAGCAGCGCUCUGACAGAGCCGUCUGGACCCUGCAGCCCAGGACAUUUUUGUUCCCCGGGAUCCACUGAGCCUUCUCCUGUCUCCCAGACUUAUGGAGAUGUUUGUCCCAUGGGACAUUUCUGCCCUCAGGGAAGUGGGUCUCCCACACCCUGUCCUGUUGGCAGCUUCCUUCCCGAGCUUGGCGCGCUCUCUCUCUCCCAAUGCCGUCCUUGUCCCCCAGGGAAAUACUGCCUGAAUCCUGGAGCCUCACAGCCCACAGGUCUGUGUUUUGCGGGGUUCUUCUGUUCUGGAGGUGCAGAUAGUCCCACACCUCGAGCUAACUCAUCUUUGUCCAGCUGUCUUCUUAAAAUACUAGAGGGUUACACCAUAAGGACGAACGCCACCUGGAUGCAAAACCUGCCCUGCUUUAAUAACUCAGGGAGAGACGCUAGUGGGAUCAAAGCGGCAGCAGUGUCACGGGAAGAUUCAGAUCAGACUGUGACUGACUCACCGCCGAGUCUCAAGAGGCCACAUUAUGCGUGUUCCACCUACAGAGGAGAUAUAUGCCCUAGGGGUUUCUAUUGUCCUAUGGGCUCUGCUUACCCUCACUCCUGUGAGGCUGGUUCUUACUGCAACCAGACUGGUCUAGAGGCUCCGGCAGGACCCUGUGCAGCUGGAUAUUACUGCCCUAGAGGCUCUUCUGAACCCCACGCCAACCCUUGUCCCACAGGACACUAUUGCCCCCUUGGAACCCGGCUUCCUCUGUCCUGCCCUCUGGGAACUGUAAAAAGUUCCCUUGGUGGAUCCGCUGUUGAGGCUUGCCAGCUGUGUCCUCCAGGUCAAUACUGUCACCAGCAAGGAAUGGCUGAGCCAAGUGGCCCCUGUGCAGAAGGCUACUACUGUCCUGAGGGACAGAUCUCUGAAAGACCACAGCAACAUGCCUGCUCAGUUGGUCAUUACUGUGAGAAGGGUAGCGCCAGACAGACACCCUGCCUUCCUGGCACCUACCAGUUCAGACAAGGUCAAGCCGGCUGCGAGACGUGUCCUGCUGGUUUCUAUUGUAAAGAGCAAGGAACAACUCUUCCACUUCCAUGUGAGAGAGGGUUUUAUUGCCCCAGUGGAUCAGCAUAUCAACAUCCCUGUCCAUCUGGAACCUAUGGAAACAUAUCAGGACUGGUUGAGGAAUGGCAGUGUUUACUGUGCGAUCCUGGGAUGUACUGCAGAGGAACAGGGAGGACUACCCCCACUGGGCAAUGUGCUGCAGGGUUUGUUUGUGCCGAGGGAGCCAGUGAACCUUCACCGUUAGACAAUGUGACAGGAUUCCCUUGCCCGCCUGGGUUCUUUUGCCCUGCAGGGACAUCUGUACCACAACCAUGCCCAAAAGGAACAUUCAGUGAGCAGAUCGGCAUUGUCGAUCAUUCUUUGUGUCGAGGCUGCACACCUGGCUUUUACUGUUCACAGCCUGGCCUUUCUGAAGUGUCUGGACCCUGCUCGCCAGGUUUUUACUGCUUAGAGGGAUCCCAGUCUGCUACCCCAAUGUCAAGUGUAUCGGGAGGUGUUUGUCCAGCAGGCCACUACUGUGCAGAGGGCAGCAGUGCCCCCUCACCUUGCCCAGCUGGUUUUUACCAAAAUAAGACUGGAGGAAAAAGCAAACAUGACUGCAAACCAUGCCCUCUUGGCUGGUUUCAGGAUUUGCCAGGGCAGAAGGAGUGUAAUCCCUGUCCCCCUGGGUUUCACUGUCAGCCUCUGAAUCCCAGCGCCACCAGAGGGAGCUCUGCCGGAGUCUCCAGCCCUCUGCCCUGCCCAGCUGGUUAUUUCUGUCCAAAGGAGGAGAGUCCACACAAUCAGCCACUCCCGUGCCCCAAAGGCAGCUACAGCCCCUUGCAGGGUCUCACUAGUGCAGGUCAGUGCUUAGUAUGCCCGGCAGGGCAGUUCUGUGGCUCUGAAGGUCUGGUUGAGCCUUCAGGAUCGUGUGCUGCUGGGUUUCUUUGUCUGACGGGUGCCAAAGUGCCAAAUCCCACUGACAACAGAACUGGAUCUCUCUGUCCACCUGGGAUUUUCUGCCAGCAAGGUCUCAGAGCAGGUGAUUGCUGGGGGGGCUUUUAUUGUGACUGGGGCUCCAGCAAAGCAGAUCAGGCUGUGUGUCCAGCUGGUUUCUUCUGCCCCAGUGGAACACCAGCACCGGUGCCUUGUCCUGCAGGAACAUUUAGCUCUAAAACAGGCAACACGCAUCAAUACAACUGCACCAUCUGUACCCCUGGAUACUACUGUCAAGGUGAAGCUACUGUCCAGCCUGCGCUGUGUCCUAUUGGUCACUACUGCCCUGCAGGUCUGACUCUAGGACAGGAGUUCCCUUGCCCACCUGGCACUGUGCAGGACCACCUCAGAGCGUCCAGUCCCGAAGCCUGUCUCUCCUGCCCUGCUGGAAUGUUUUGCUCUCAGUCUGGGCAAUCUCAGCCCACAGGUCUCUGUGAAGCAGGAUACUACUGUCCUGCUGGAUCAACCAGUCCAAACUCUACUGAGUAUCAGGGAAAUUCAUCUGGAAGUCAUCUUUGUCCGCCUGGCCUGUACUGCCCUGCUGGCACUGGCUAUCCACUCCCCUGCCCUGUUGGUUCUUUCUCCAUCGCUCAAGGACUAAAGGGAGUUGAUGAAUGCACACCCUGCCCCCCUGGACUGUUUUGUGACAGUCCUGCAAUAGCAGAGCUUUCACAAGCGCUCCUGUGUCAGGCUGGGUACGUGUGCUUGGGCGGCAGCUCGAGUCCCACUCCAUCCGAUGGUUCCCAUGGCUACCUCUGUCCUGCUGGCCACAGCUGUCCUGUUGGCUCGGCACAUGAGGAGCCCUGUGAGCCUGGCACUUACAGUCCUGCCCCGGGAGCAGCCCGUUGCUUAUUAUGCCCCGAAGGAACCGUGUGUCCAUCGUCAGCCACUAAAGAGCCCUCCGCCUGCCCCUCUGGUCAUUUCUGUCCUGCUGGGACAGCCCUGCCUCAGCCCUGCCCUUCAGGUACUUUCAGCAAUCAGACAGGUGCCCACACACUCUCUGCCUGCACACCCUGCCCCUCUGGACUGUACUGUGGCUCAUAUGGAGCCUCCAUACCACAAGGUUUAUGUUUGCAGGGUUAUUUUUGCCAUGGUGGAGCUAUGGAACCAGCCCCUCACAGCUCUGAAAACUUCCCCAGGAAUGGCCCUUGCCCUGUGGGCCACUACUGUCCAGCAGGGUGCCUCUCUCCAAUUCCAUGCCCUCUUGGCAGCAUUCGCAACUCCACUGGGGGUGUGUCCAUGGAGAGUUGCUCUGCGUGUCCUGCUGGCUACUACUGCUCUACAGAUGGUCUGGCUAGCCCCAGUGGUCCUUGUGCUGCUGGUUUCUACUGCGCUUUUGACUUCUCUUCAACUACCCCAUAUGCAUUCCUCUGUCCCAAGGGCCACUACUGUCUGCAAGGUUCUGCCAUGGCCUUGCCUUGUCCCACAGGAGAGUACCAGCCUAACCAGGGAUCAGACAGCUGCAUUCCCUGCAGACCUGGAUUCUACUGUGAGGAGGCCAUAGUGGGAGAUCCACUACCCUGCCCACCACAUUCAUUCUGCCCUGCAGGAACAAUGGUACCUCAGCCCUGUCCUAAUGGGACAUACACUCUUUCAGAUCUGGGAGGUUUACAGGAAGAGAGAGAGUGUUCACCCUGCCCUCCAGGAAAGUUCUGCAGGGGUGGUAAGAUCCAAGGUGUUUGUGCUGCAGGGUACAUCUGUGUUUCUGGAAGCACAGAUUUCACCCCCCAGGGACCAGUGUUUAACUUAACCCAGUGCCAGUGGGGUGUGCAGUGUGCUGGACCGUGUCCACCAGGUUUCUAUUGCCCCGAAGGCACAAAACAGGCUCAGCUGUGUCCUGCAAAUACCAUCAGAAGCUCCCCAGGAGGUGCCAGCCUACAGGAUUGCUUACCUUGCCCACCCCAGUAUUGGUGCAAAUCUGGAGACCCAGUUGCUCAUCUGUGUCCUGCUGGUCAUUACUGUGACGGUCUGCCUGGUGGCGACUUUGGUGGAGGGACUGGUGCCAGGCCAUGCCCUCUCUACACUUAUCGAGCUUCUCCUGGAGCACACAGCAAGGGUGACUGCCUGCCAUGCCCACCUGGUUCACACUGUAACAGCACAGGGCUGACAGACUACUCCAAAUAUCCCUGCCCACCUGGCUUCUGGUGCAGUGGGACUGGGCCUCCCAUCCUCUGCCCUGCAGGCACCAUGAGGCAGCUUCCAGGAGCUGCUGCACCCAGCCAGUGUGAACUCUGUGCAGGGGGAACUUUCUGCCCACACCCCCAGGAUACAGGAAAACCCAACGUGGAAGGGAUACCCUGUCGGGCUUCCUAUCAGUGUCCUGUUGGUGCGGUUUCAGAGAGGCCAUGCAGAGCUGGAUCGUACUGUGGACCCCAAACUGCUGAGCCUGAAGCCUGUCCAGAAGGUUAUUUUUGCCCUGAAGGAUCUCAUUCCUACAACAGCCCCAAACAACUCUGUCCAUUUCCAUACUACUGCCCAGCCAACAGCUCUUCCAUGAAGUCCUGCGAUGGCGGCUCUAUGCCUGCCAACACUAGUAGGCUCAGAGGGUCCAAAAACAGCUGCUGUAUUGUGUGUGAGGGGGGCACCUAUCGUCCAUCUCUACCCUCCAUUCUGCAAUGCCUUCCUUGUCCACCAGGAUACUUCUGCCCCCCAGGUGCAGACAACUACAAGAAAAACCCUUGCCCUCUUGGCUAUGUCUGCCCUUUGGGAUCCACCCAGCCGAUAUCCUGCCCACCUGGCUCAUUCGGCAACCUAACUCGUGCUGAGAAAAUGGAUGACUGUCGCCUAUGUCCAGAAAACACCUUCAACCACCUGCCUGCCCAGAAGGCCUGCUUCCCCUGUGGUAGCUCCUCCACCUCACAAGCUGGUUCUUUUUCUUGUACCUGCAUUGGCAAGAACCGUGCUUUCCAGUAUUCCGAUGGUUCAUGUUUGUGCAGAACUGGCUUUAUCUUCUACAACGAGCUGGAUUUUAAAAUAUCUACUGCCAAUAGUGAAUUGGACUGCCAGCCUGAGGUGAACAGACGAUGUUUCACAGGAGAGGUGCGCUUGGCAGCAUCCAGAGAGUGUGUGUCACCGUCCCUCCACUCCUGCAAUAUCACCUGCGGACCACAUGGAGGAACUCUGGAUGCGGAGAUGGGCAUCUGCCAGUGUGAGCGAUACGUGUCUGCUGAGGAGCUUUGUAAUACAUCGUGCCUUUCCAAACUGCCUCAGCUCUCUGCUCAGCUUUCGCCAGAUGGACACCUGCUGCUCAGCGUCAAAGAAAGCCAUAGCAUGGUCUGGGCAAAGAGAAUAACAAAUAUUUUAGGACCAGAUAUCCAUUCAAAGAAUAUUGGGAAAACACACUUGGUCCAGUUUGACUCUGAAGGAGUGUUUGGCUGGAUUCCCACACAAAAAGAUGUCAUCAAUCAGUUUCUGUCAGAGCCAAUAGAAGUCCUAAAAACAAGACCCAGAAAUAGAAGAGACACAGAGGAUCUGGCUGUCUUACCUCGAAUCCCCAACCCUAUUGCCUGUCUUUCCUCUGGUGACAUGCUCAUUUUUCAUCUCACCAUCAACCACACAGACCGCCAUCUCAGCCACUUUCCAGUUUAUCAAAAAGACCACCUGUUUAACAGCAACCCCAGCUGGGACUUUGGUGCCUUUAGGCAUCUGCAGAUACUCAUGAAGCAGACAAACUUUAACUCCUCAAGGUUUGCCCAUGUUUUUUCAGAAACGGGGAAGUACGUGUUUGUUGACAGUGUUGUCCCAGAGUGGAGUCUGGUAGUGGUAGUCAGUGAGGAGGGGACAGAGUGUGACCCCAGGGCUGCUAUGUUUCAACCCAUGACCCCAGCACAAUUGGUCAAUCACGGGAUUGUCAAGAAACACAGACUAAACCUUCUGCCCGACUGGGGAGUGAUUGCUGGGAUCCUUAGUCUGCUCUUGGUUGUGGUCGUAAUUCUGACCACUACAGUACUAGUUUUGCGACCUAGCAAAGCAAAGCUUGUCUCCCAGUGGAGGAUAAAGCCAAAGUGGCGCAGCCUUGGGGAGCCUUUCUGUCCGAUGGAGUGUGCAUGCAGCAGAGAAAGCUUAGUGGUCCCAAGCCAAGGUGACUACCUUGGUAGUAGAGGUGUUGGAGAAGGAGCAGAAGCUGAGGAGCCUGCUAUUUCAAAAGGAGGAGGAGUGCCGGGGUGCUGUGAUUUGGAGGAGUUCAAUGUGAAGACUCUUUACGACAAGCUGGAGGAUCAGAACCUCCAUAUAGCCUCACAGCUGGCCCGGCACCGCAAAGACAUACAGGAGUUUUAUAGAAACAUCUGUCAACACACUGAAUCACUCAAGAAUGCCUUGGAGAAUAUGGAUCAUAAAAAAAUGAGCCUCCUUAAAGAGAUAUUAGUUCAUAAAACAAUGAAGGAUGAACCAUCUGGCAGCAGUGUGGGGGAGAGACAUACACAAGCUGAGGCCUGCAUGCCAUUGCUGGGAGCUGUGGUCAGGUCAGUGGAAACUCUCUUAUGCAGGCUGACAGGAGACGCUUGGCAGAACCAGGAUUUGUCUGGUCCCCUCUACAGUCAUACAGGUCAUCACGAUACCAGAGAGUGUGAGGCGCAAGCUGGAUACAUGCAACCCAAUGACACUAACAUGUGUUUUAUGCAGUUUUCAUCAGUGAAUGUGACCAAAGCAGGAGCUCUUCCACACGAGCCCGACCAUUUACAGAGCACAGCUCCUUCUUUAAGUGAUCAUGACCUGUCCAAGCUUAUCACGAUAUCACCUCUAUUCAAGACCCUGCAAGAGAUUCAACAAUCUUUACAAAAUCUCACCAUGGAUGAGUCAAAACAAUAUUUUAGCAAUGCUGCAGAUAAUUCUGCAAAGGGGAAUUAUGAUGGGCAGCUCAUCCCGACUGCACUGGACAACCUCUCCCCACAGCACUCUGCCAUUUUUCUGUUUGGUUGUCAGGUGAUGCAGUUGCUUGAAAACUGCCCCAUGUUCCCCAGUGCUCUUCUCCUGCUGGCCAAGUCGAUUCCAUUCGCUCCAUCUUCCUCUAAUGAGGGUCUACUGUCACACUGCUCCAGGGACUUUUAUUUUGAUGCGACCAAUCAAAUCCUUUAUCUGUCAGAGGCAAAGCUUCAGCACGUGGGACAUUUCAUCUCUGUCAUCCUGCAGUCAAUGGCCCAGAUAGCAUCUGGAUCCAAACCCCAGAGCUUUAUGCAAGCACUCCAUGAGGCCAUUUCAGCUCUAAGCCUUCAGUUGUUCAAUGUUUCUUUCAAAUGCAGCACAGCAGAGUCCAAUUUCGAUGCGUUGAAGGGGCGGAAUAACACAUUAGUUGAGGAAUUUCUCAACAUUAGAGUUCCCACUGAAGCCCGCUUCACUGAGCACCUAUUAGCUAGCAGACUCAAGAAAUACAAAUAUUUCCAGCUGGAGCAGCUCAUUUCUGAACUCAAACAUACUCCAGCUCAGGCCACAGACAAAGGUUUACCACCAAAAGGGACACCAGUGCAGAUGUCAUGUAUAGAAGAAGAAAUUGAUCGCAUGAACGAGUCAUUCUUGCUGCUGAGCACGCAACUACAGAAGAGAGCUGAAGUGAGCACAUGGCUAAAAGAAAGAGAGAACAGCGCUGGAAACCAUUCUGCAAGGGCAACUCCAACAGACAUGCCAAGCCUGAGUCGUAAUGGAACAAUCCUGCUGGAACUGAAGAGACGCUAUGUAUUACAGCGCCUCAAUGAGCUCCAAAUCACAUUAGGCCAGAUCACACGAUGCCAGCAGCAUGACAGCAAGUCGAAAGAUGGGACAAGAGGCUGCACACAAACAGACAGCAGCACCACGCAGCAGGGAGAAAGUGAGAAUUAUGGUAGUACAGAUGGCUCGAGCCCCAACGAUGGCCAGCGGCAGGACAGUAUUUCAGCUAGCCACAGUCACAGCCAACAAGCCGAAGAGAGCAGAGGUCUUGAUAGCUAUAAACUGGAGAGUCAUAUUUCUGACCAGAAGAGUAACACUGUCCAAAGCAACAACCCUGACACGUUAUUGGGCUGCCAGACGCCAGGCACUCAAGAUCUUAAUGUUCCAGGAGAGCAAGAGCUAAAAAGGCAGGCUGCAAUAGAAAAUAAAACAAGCUAAACAGAUACUGAUGACAUUUGAGUGCACACGGAUCUGAAUGUGGACAAAUGAUCAAGGUUUUUCUCUACACAUUCCUUGUCAGUCUUUUUUCCUUCUUUGUGCUCACUAAUGUUAGGGCUCGAGUGGCUAUUUCUGUACAAAAUUGUUGUUUUAUUCGAGUAACGAUACAAGUGACCUCUGUCUUCAUUUUGGAGCAUUUUGUAAAAACAAUUCAUCGUAGUUCAUUUCAAUUAUGUGUGGAUCCAGACAAAAAUAAUUUGCAGCAGCAAGGAGUGGCGUGACACACUCUCUCAGCUUGUCCAAAGAAUUUCUUAGUCAGGAGUUAAUACUGGUCUCUAAGACAGACUGUGCUCAUUACCAUAUUCUAAUUAAGACAAUAAAGCUCGGCUGAUUGAACACAAGGUGACACCGGUGCUUCUGUUCUACUUCCUGAUCACAGCAGCUUCUCCCACGUGUCGAGGUGACAACCUGCAUGUUUUUCAUGAAUAUGUAAUAUUAAACUACAAUAACUCUUCUCUCUCUUGCACACUUACAGGUUCUGAACUUUAUUCCCCGAGCUGUCUCGUUCUAGUGAGAUUUCUCUGUAACCAGCAGAUUAACCGAGUGGAACUAAAAGUAGCUGCACAACUCGAAAGUCACCGAUUUGAUUUUGCUCCAAAAAGAGAAGUCUAUGUUGCACAACUGCUGUCUUCUUCUGGUUCAAUGAUUUAUUUGACGCAUAGCGUUCUGGGUCUUAUAAUAGAAAGUCAGUAUUCCUACAGGGGGCUGUGAGCCAAAUCAGAAGGUCAGAUGGAACAAGUCUUCACUUACUAUCAGUGUUAGCUUAGAGGUCUGUGCCAAGUCCCCCUGGUUGAAUCUGGCAUUGCCCUGUGGCUCUGUGUAUGUGUGUGUACACAUGUGAGGUGUAGUUCAGUGACUCAAUGACAUUUCAUGCCUUAUCAAUUAGAUUGGCUCUGGUGCCCCUGAUUUUGCAUUAGUGUCCAGAGUACCUUGCAGUGGGACAUGGCAACAUAAAACAAUGUACUGGGAAGCUCUGAGUGUGUAAAUCUUUGUGGUUAUUUACUACAUUAGGCUUGCUCUAGUUGGUUAGAUGAAAACAUGGGUUAUUUUUAGGAAGACUGGCUUUGUGUGAUGAUUGUGUAAGUAUCUGUGAGUCCAUAUGCAUAGAGUAAUGUGCCUGAUCUCAAAUUUGCUAUUUUAUCCCAUCUUCCCACAACAAUUU